AGAACUCUAAGGUUUCGUGACAGAUCCUUAUUGCGUCAGCGUUACUUUUGAAAAACGAUAAUAUAAGAUAGAGUUAUCGCAAAAAUUUAGCAUGAAAUUUAUCUUUGGAUUUGGAAUUAUACUCAUCUUUUGUUCAAGACAUACAGAGUCGUCAGAAGAAGAAGAUAAAUGCUUCACAAAACCUUUCGAGGCACGGCCCGAGAUCUAUUUGAGAUAUUCAAAUGUACUAGUAAACCAGGAAACUUUUGAUCUCGAAUUACAAUAUGCUAAUCCUCCAAAUCAAAGAACGCGCAAUAGUGUGUACGAAUUAUUUGCCCACCCCGAUGUGGGGCUUACUAAUCCCACGUUUGUAAAGAUGGGAAAUUUCAGGAAAGAGGAUCUAGUUGUAAUCAAAGGACUCAAAAUAAAGACACCUUAUUAUAUUUACAUAACCGAAGAUGACGUGGUUGGAUCUGCCACAAAGACUUUUCCCUACUUUUUCAAAUUUGAAAUUGAAAAUGCGAACAUGUUUUAUCAAAGAAGUAUUGAUUUGUACGACGGAUUAAAGGCGUGCAUAGUGGACAAAGUCUUAAAGGUUACUUUUGAAUUUGAUGGGGUUGAUGCCUAUAACAGUUAUCGGGGAAAUAACGUAAAGGCAAUUAUAUACCUAAUCCCCAAUUAUGGCGGAUAUUAUGAGGAAACUGUAGAGAUUCAAAAGAUUGGUAACAGGUAUUCUGGGCAGAUGGACCUGAAGAACAAAGAAUUAUCGGUAGAAAAAUCCUACUCGGUUGAUAUCAAACCAAUCGCGAAUACCGGUAGAGCGGGGUCUAAACCUUCUCCAUAUUUGCUUGUCGGUAGAGUACCGGUAAAGUUUACUGCAGAAGAUAUCAAUUCUGAUGUCAAAUACGGAUAUUUCCAGAAUUAGAUUUAAUCGAAUGAUACAAUAAGUUAAUAAAAAUUUAAAUAAAAUAAAUAAA